UGCGAGGGCGCGAAUCACAUAUAUAUAUGCGAUUAUCGCCGACCAACAGUGCAGACAGAUCAGAUUCGACCACAGUCGACUGAACUUCGUCGUUACUAUAAUAGUAAAGAUGAAUAAACUCGUGCUCUUUGGAAUUCUGUGCGUUUGUGUCGUCGCGGCUACAAAGCCGAGGGCAGAUAGCAAGGCGAAAUGUUACGCUGAGACGGACCUCGCCGAUCUGGACGUCAGGGCCACGAUCAAGAAGUCCAUUUCGCGACCGGAACCACUGAAACAGAUCAUCGCUUACUUGGCCUGCUUCAUGCAAGAUCGUUCUAUCCUCACAGCCGACGGGAUAUUCGACGCCGAAGUCUGCAAGAAGGAAGUACGUCCGGAGAACGCGGCUUCUGCCAAUCCCGUCAUCGACGCUUGUGCCAGCCAACGUGGAAAAAACGCACUGGAGACAACUGCACUACUUCUGAAAUGCCUGAAGGAAAGGGACCCGAAGCUCCUCGAAAAAUUGGACAUCUUCUAAAUUGGCGUAUGAAAAUUUUGGGGCGAAAUUACCCACCGUAUCGCACGCAUCGAGCACCGUUUGAAACUGCCAUGCGAAAUGUAUUUCAUUCUAUUUCAAUAAAUCUCUGACUUCACGUUCGAAA